AUGAGAUAUACUUCUCUAUCUAGUCUAUUGACACCGGUUUAUUUGGUCGUCAUUGUGCUUUCCAAUUUCUUCGACUGUCAGGAUAUCUGCGAAAACCCUGAAUUAGCGACAUAUGAAAAUGUGAUUUCGGAAGACUUUUUACAUAAAAUUUCUCAUCAUUAUCACUACUCACGAACAAUACGUCACUAUCAGAAGUAUCCAGUUGUUAGUGACAGUUUUAAAAAAUUUAGUACCACUCAGGAUGUUACACCGAAAUUUUCGUUUAAAUAUUACGGUAAUGACGUCACUAGAUUUGGGAUUUAUAGUUAUGGCAAAAUAGAAAUACUCGGAGAAAAAAAGUACUUCGGAAAAAUAUUUAAUUAUGUUUACGGCGAUUCUUUGCCUGAAUAUGAGAUGAUAGACAACAAUGAUUUCAUUGCUGUCAAAUGGCAUUUUCAGAUGUUUAUUGGAGGUACAUAUAAGUGAACAUUGAAUGAUCAUUUGAUAUCAUAUGAAAUCUUAACACUUAAAUCUACUCAUCGUGUUUGCUCA